AUGUCUUAUGAUUAUAAUCAAUUAGUUAAUGCUGCAAUUAUUAGAGCAUAUUCAUUAAUAGAUUAUAAUAUUUAUGAUGAUAUACAUGAACAACAUGAAUUUUGUAAAAAAACAGUUCUUGAAGAUGAUUCACUUACAGAAAAUGAAAAAUUUGAAGCAAUGAAAAUAUUAAUUAAAGCUUAUGAUGACGAAAAAAUUGUGUUUAAUACAGGAAUAAAAAGAAUUUGUGAAAAUUGUAAUAAAGAAUGUUUAGCUACAACAUAUUGUGAACUUUGUGUUCGAAAUUAUUUAAAAACAAAAUUUUCAAAUUGGACAUCGGGAAAUUAUGAUAUUGAUAAUUUAAUACAAGAAUGUCAAAUGAAAACAUUUAUACCGGAUAGAAUAACAGAAUGGAUUCCAUAUAAUAAUUUACAAAAUAUUGAAUAUCUAACAAAAGGUGGUUUUUCAGAAAUUUAUACAGCAAAAUGGAUUGAUGGGAAUUUUAUUGAAUGGGAUUCUGAAGAGCAACAAUUAAUAAGAUAUGGGACUCAUAAUGUAGUACUUAAAAGAUUAGAAAAUGUUGAAAAUUCUAACCAAAGUUGGAUUGAAGAGGCUAAAUCACAUUUACUGAUAAGCAAUAAAUGGAAUGAAAUUGUCCGUUGUUUUGGAUUAACACAAGACCCAUCAGAUGGAAAUUAUAUGCUUGUAAUGAAUAAAUUGGAUAUGGAUUUAAGAAAAUAUUUACAACAAAAUCAUAAACAACUUUUAUGGAAAAAAAGAAUUCAAAUUAUCACUAAUAUGAUUGUUGCACUUUAUAGAAUUCAUGAUGAAAAUGCAAUUCAUAGAGAUUUGCAUUCUGGGAAUGUACUUUUUGCCCAAAGAAGUCAAAAUUUUGAAAUUAGUGACCUUGGAUUUUGUGGACCUGCAGAUAAACCAUUAAAAAGUAUAUAUGGAAAUCUUCCUUACUUAGCUCCUGAGGUUAUUAUUGGAAAAGGUCAUACUUUUAAAUCUGAUAUUUAUGGUAUUGCAAUGCUUAUGUGGGAAAUUUCAUCUGGACAACCACCAUUUUUUAAUUAUGAACAUAAUUAUGAUCUUGCAAUGAAUAUUGUUAGUGGUAUAAGACCAAAAAUUGUACUAGGAACUCCUUUAGAAUAUGAAAAUUUAAUGAAACAAUGCUGGGAUGCUGAUCCAUCUAAAAGACCUGAUAUUCAUACAUUAUGGGAUAAAAUGAGUGAAAUUAAUUUAUUUUAUCAAAGUCAAUUUAAUGAUCAACUAGAAGAAAAUAAUAACCUAGAAUGGGAAUGCCCAGAAAAUUAUACAAGUAACAGCAGUAGUUUAUUUGCAAGUAAACUUUAUCAAUUUGAUAAUCUUCCUGAACCUAGGAAUGCAACAGAAGAAGAACUAGAAGCAUUUUAUUGUAAAUCAUAUGACUUUUAUAUUCCUGAUAAAAUUGAUAACUUUGGUAAAUCGAGUAGUCAAAAGAAUGAAAGUAUUUUGGUUAAUAAAGAUGGUAGUAAAAACGUAUCCAAAGUAUUCAAUGAACUACCAAUAAGUUCAGAACCUGAUGCCCAAAACAAUUAUCAUAGAGAAGAAAUAAUACAACGGCAAAGAAGGGAUAUUUAUAUUGAUGAUGAAGAUGAAGUACAUAACAAUCCAAACCUUCAUUCAGAUGAACAAGACGAAUUGGAACUUCCUGGUGGAAUUAACGUUAAUGAUCUUGGAAUUAUGUAA